AAAUAUGCUUCUGCAGAACUCGUGCAAAUAUUGCGUGUUUCUCGACCCUAAUACCACCAAACGAUAGCCGAAUAUGUCCAGGUACACUCAACGGCCGCACUCUGCAAGUGAUCAAAACAUUCUCAUCAAAAGGGGUUUCCAUUCUCCCAUAGACAUCUUACCACAGUCAACCGUCACAGCUCAAACCUUGCAAGAUUCUGGUUGUAUUCACCCUCCUUGGGAAAUAUAAUGUAAAAUAUGGGAGAAUUGUAAUGAUUUUGUGGUGAAUACAAAGCUGGUGAAGGAGAAGGACACGAGUCUCCCCGUGCAUCCCCAGUCACACCGAAAAGCUAUUAUGACACUGCAGCGUUUGAUGAGAUGAAAAACAACGACGAGUUGAAUGAGUCUCUCAAAGGAAACAGCGCUCUUAAUCUUGUUUGGUCAUUUGGUAUCAACAGAAAUAUUCCAGUUCACAACAUAUCUGACGCCAAUCGACAGGCGGUGUUUUAUGUCACAGCCCAUACAGGAGUUCUCUAUGACUGCAUCACCAACAGACAAAAGCUUCUGCAAGGCCACUGCAAUGACCUGUCCUGCACUUGUGUUAGUGCAAACAAAAGAUGGCUGGUGACAGCAGACGCUGGUGAUGAUUCCAUGAUCAUUAUAUGGGACUCAUAUUCAUGUAUUCCUGUGCGGACAAUAUUUGACCCACAUCCUGGAGGAAGCAUUGCUGUGUGUAUGACAGCUGAUGCAAAGUACAUUGCAACAUUGAGCAGCUCCAGUCCGCAAGUGAUGUCGAUCUGGGAUUGGACAACUGAAAGUAAUGAUCCUGUCUGCUCUCUGACGCUCAGUGAGGAAUAUGGCAUUCAGAAUUUCAUUGCGUUCAGCUCUGAAGAUUGUCAACAACUAGUCAGCAAUGGUCAUGAAAGAGUAGUCUUCUAUUUCUGGGACAAUGAAGUGAUUCACCACUCUGCUCCACCAUUAACUGAUGAGGAUUUCAACAAAGUUGUGGGUUUGUUUAGUCAAUCAGUGUUUCAGCCAAAGUCAAGCAAGGUUUUGACUGGUACAAGCGUUGGAAAUAUUGUCGUGUGGGAUGUCGUUGCUGGAAAUGAUAUGCCUUGUAAUAGAAAAGCCUUUAAGAUUGUCCGUCUGCAGGAGAAGGGGAUUAAUGUGGUCACAAUAGUUGACAGUUAUAUAGUAACUGGUGAUGUUGUUGGUCAUGUCAAGUUUUUGGAUCUAGAACUACGCUUACUAAACUGGUACAAUAAACUAGGAGGUGGUCCGAUCAUCUCAGUGUCGUUCUCUCACGAGCAGAUGAACGAAAGCAUGUCAACGAGUCCUAAACAUCCUCGCUCUGCCACACUCGAAGGAGACCCGUUUGUUGUAAAUGACUUCGUUUUUGGAACUGAAACAGCAAAUGUUGGACUUUACAAGACAAGAGAGAAUACUAACCAGUUUAUUCUGAAGCAACAUGAUGCACCUAUCCACGCCAUCGCCGCUCAUCCCAAAGAGGCCAAGAUUUGUAUUGGAGGAUAUUCUGGAUCUCUUCAACUAUGGGACUAUGAGAAAAAACAACUUGUGAUAUCUCGUUCAUUUGGUUCCAAAGUGAUGAUCCAGUGUCUCCAGUUCAACCCAACGGGCAGUUUACUCGCCAUGGGCGGUACGGAUGGAAGUGUCCGAAUACUUGAUGCAAGAACCCUUCUUGAAGAGGGAGAGGAUGAUGGCGUGGCAGUUUUCAAACAUUGUCAUGACUGUAUCACUCAUUUGACGUUCUCUCACGACUCCAAAUAUCUCGCCUCUGCUGACCUUGAUCACUGCGUCACCUUGUUCCAAGCAAUUCCUGGAAAUUUCAAAGAACCCUGGUUAUAUCUUGGAAAACAGCGAGCUCACUACAAAAGAAUAAGUGACAUCACGUUUGGUGUGGCUCUGGACUCUGACGUACCUCGUCUUCUGUCCUUAGGGGAGGACAGAUUGAUGGUUGAAUAUGAUGUCAUCAACAGUGGUAUAGAUGACGUAAGACUGAUCAGUUCAGAUCGUAUUGAGCAAAGUGCUGUCCCGACAUGCCUUGCUUGGUAUCCUCCUGUCGUAAAGGAAUCGUUUCUGGUCGUCGCUAACGAUCAGUUCAAACUUAAGUUGUACAAUUCAACGACAAAAAUGUGUAGAAAGACACUACUUGGUCCUACAUACGGAUCACCUCUCAGAAAGUUGGUGAUGCUGCCGAGUGAGAAUGGCUGCGGUGGUCAACAUUACAUGGGAUACAUCACUGAGAAUAAGGUUGGUCUCCAGAUUCUUCCACUUGAUGGAAAUCCUCAUAAAGCAAUGGCGUUGAUAGCUCAUCCAAGUCAUGUUUCCAACGUUGUGUCCUCGUAUGAUGGCGGUUACUUGUUCACAGCUGGAGGUUGUGAUUCGUGCGUGGUGAUGUGGAAAGUGAACUCUGAAUCGUUGGAGGCGUCUUCUCAGUUGGGCGGUGAGGAUCUCGAACCUUUCUAUGAAUUGUUAGAAGGUGGUCGAGACGGUGAACUAUUCCAAGAAUUGGAAGAUUACUUCUACUACGCACUUCUGAGAAGCCAGAACGUGGACACGAUGGAAAAGCGCGAGACCUCCACGAGAAUUCCUCUGUCUCAGGUCCCAUUCGUGAUGCGCGCUCUGGGUUAUUACCCGACCGAGCAGGAGGUCGAUGAUCUUAUCAAUGAAGUGAAAUACAGUGAAUAUGUCGACACAGGGAAAUACGUGCAAGAUGUUGACCUGGGAGAGUUCAUCAGGUUGUACGUGAAUCACAGACCAGUGUUUGGUUUGUCGUCAGCCGACCUGGAUGACGCAUUCACAAGGCUUGGUAGGAAGAAUAAAGAUGGCACUGUCAUGAUUCAGAGAGACGCCUUUCUGUCUGUCCUUCAAAACAAAGGCGAACACAUGACUGAAGGUGAAUUAUCGGAACUACUGUCCACCCUUCUCGGAAUUGCAGAUCUUGGUGGAAGCGCUGAGGUAGGUGGUGUUUCUCAGAAAGAGAACCUCAUUAGUUUAUUGAAAACACACCUACCGGAGAGAAUAUCUGCGGACAUGUUUCUUGGUAAAGUUCUGGGCUUCGGGGCAGCCAGCGGCGAGCGAUGAAUUUGAUAAAUGUUGGUUUUCGUUGCACACGGAUUUUGCGCCUUGUUCUCGAUUGAACUCGUUUAAAGUGAAGUGUAAAUGUUCAUUUGUAAAAUAUUCUUUUAAUACCCGAACAAUGAAUGGUUUAAUUUAUAAAGUAAAAGCUAAAGAGAUAUUCAUAAUAGUGUAGAAUGAUACAAAUAACAAAAUCACUGUUUGAAUUAACGCAGGCAAAUUUAAUGUCAUAAUUUUGAAUAUUCUUAAUAUAUGUAAAGUUAAAGAUAUAUUCAGCAUCACACACACACAAGCAGGCAUUCACUUUUACGUAUUUCAAUAUUCAUCAUUUCCAUCCUAUUUCGUCCAUCAUUUUACUCCUCAAAGUACCUCCUGAUCUCUCACUUUCUUCCACACCAAUCUUUAGCGGUGCCUGCAAUAUUUUCUUGAAAACUUUUCUACCUUCGUCGUGUUCUUUCAAAAUCCUGUGUUGAUCUUCCUUACCCCUCAUUUUCGUAUUUAUCUCUUCUAGUACUGCUCUAUUCCUCCAUCCACCCCUUGUCAUCCUAGCAAUUCCUUCAGUCUCCUCCAUUGAUCUAUCCUUCUGGCUUUCAGACUUUUCAGUACUCGCUUCUAUCCUCAGUCCACCCUGCCUUUCCCUUUCUACGCUAUGACUGCCUACUUUGCCGUGUUCUCGUAUCUCCCCUAGUAUCAUAUCAUGUACUCCUAUUAUCCCAUGUUCACCCUUCGUAUCCCUUGCUAUCAACAUAUAUCGUAAUUUACCCUGUCUGCCUCUUUCUCCUCUAUCCUUGGUUAAAUGCUUAUUGUCACUUAUUCCUCCAGCUGUGCCUGGUCUAUAAUCGUCUACAAUUCUUCUUUUGCCCUUCAUCAACAACCUGCUCCAAAAAUUUUUGAGACUUCCCACUGUCCUCCCCCCAUAUUCAGAGAUUGUCUUCCCCCCAUAUUCAGAGAUCUUCGUCCCUCCAACUUCAGAGAUCUUCUUCCCUCCAACUUCAGAGAUCUUCUUC